AUGGGCCAUAAUCUCGUUCAUCACAUAAAUGGACCAUCGAGAACUGAGAACCAGGGACCUACCGACAGCCAUGCCAUCUCACAUGUCGAACCAGAUGAGAAGGGACUAGUUCAGAAAGCUGGCGCAUCUCAGGAAGUUUCGGAUAUUGGAUGGGAGCAUGGGUCCGGUGAGAUUGGGGAACAGAUUGUGCCAGGGUUAUUGAACGAGGAUCUUUGGAUGCUUAUUAGACGGUUUGACAAGCAACUGUACUAUGUCAAAUCUGUGCCGGAUACUCCAAUGCAGAGACUCGACCUUGUUCGAGCCGAAGAUGAACAGUUCUCCCCUGAUAAACUGCGAGCGACGCUUGAACGAUUCUAUACAACCGUGGCUUUGAAUCUGAUAAGUGCUGCGAAACAUAUUGCUCGAUUGCGAUCAUGGAGGGAAUACGAACGCACGUUGGGGUUUUGUAUUGUAUAUUCCGCUGCAUGGCUCCUGGACCUCCUCGCACCCACGUUCUUCAUUGUCCUCAUGACUCUCGUUGUGCACCCCCCAUCUCGAACGUUGCUAUUCCCCCCGGCCCCUAUCGCCCUAGUUGAUACAGCUACAGGUGGCAUGCAAAAGCCUAAGGCUGGUCAUCUGGGCUCGGAUGACAGUGCUACCGGUGCACCAGAGAGAUACAAGGGUGAAGCAGCCGAGAAUGAAGCCAGCAAUAUUCUGGCAAGUGUCGCUGGUCUCACUGUGGAGAGCGCGGCGGGUAAACAUGAGCAAGAAAUGCCUGAAGUUGAACCAGAGAAUGCACCUCAAGAUGCGAAAAUAGAAAACACACCCGAUCCGGCGGAGAUCGCAACGAAGGCGGCAGAUGCAAGAACUGCCGUGCAUGGAGAGAAGCCGGAAGAAUCGCAUGAUAAGACGAGACAGCCUAUCAAGGAUACUGUUUUUAAUGUGGCGAAUCAGUCCAUGCGAGUGUUGAGUGAUAUCACGGAUACCUACGAACGAUUUGAAAAUGCUCUCUCUCCAACACCACCUUUCCCCAUGGUGACCCCUUAUCUACGAUUUGUGGGAGUCCUAACAUUCGCCCUGUUCGCUUCUUUUAUCGUCUCCAGCUAUGCCUUCGUCAAGAUCAGCACAUUCCUUUCUGGUUUCUUCUUCUUCGGCGACCCUGUUCUUCAGCGUAUUGUAGAAUUCUUGGAUCGCAGGUACUCGCAUUGGAAGCGUCUCUUGGAACUGCAGAAUACACUUCUACAGGGCAUCCCCACAAAUGCUCAACUCACACUGACUCUCCUACGCAUUGGGGAAACGAAUCUUGCACCCCUUCCUCCUCCGCCAGGCUCACGAGCUAAAACCCCUUCUAGUGGCAACGAUACACCGGCCCACGGAACCUCUGAAAAAGAAGGCUCGCACCCCGGCUCUCCAUCACCACAGCAGACAGCAGAUACCCAUAAGCAAAAGCAAGGCAUCCUCCCCCAUAUCGUCUCCUUCUUCCGCGGCACGACAGCAACAAGCAUCGAAAGCAAACUUGCCAUCGAUAAAGCCCGCGCCGUCACCGGAUCCCGUCAUGCCAAAGCUCGCGUUGGAAUCCUCCGCAGCAAAGGAAAACGAGCCCUCCCCUCCGGCCCCGUCGAGUUCGACGCACGAUAUAAAGGCAAACGUGGUGUAACUAUUAUCGACUCCUCCAAAGACCCACCUUUGCUUUACUUUACCACCGAGUCUGCCCUGGACUUUGAUAAUAUGGCAAUCGAGGGCAGAAAGGACGGCACGGUGAUGUUCUCGAUGCCUGUUUCUGAUAUCACGGAGAUGAGAAAGACGGGCGGACUAGGUUGGAAAGGAAAGUUGGUUGUUGGAUGGGCUGUGGGGAGUAAAGAGGUUGUAGAUGGGUUGCUGCUUAUUGGGAGAGAACCGGGUCAGAGGUUUCAGCUUACGGCUAUGGCUACACGGAAUCAGCUGUUUGAUCGGUUGGUUGCUAUCGAUGGACAGGUUUGGGAGAGCUAUUGA